GGGACCUCCACGCUGGGAGGUGUGCUCCGGUCCCCAGCCACAGCGGGCAUGGGGCGUCCCGCAGCGCCCUCGCGCCUCCUCCGCGUCCCACAACCCCUCCUCUGCCUCCUCUGCCUCCUUCUGCCACUGCUCAGAGCAGCUGGGCCACGCCAGGCACCUGAAGACCAGCACCCGUGGGCAUUGCCAGAGCAGCACUGCCACACCGCCACCACCCUGGCCAACGUCUCAGUAGGUCCCUACUCCUACUGCAAUACGACCUUGGACCAGAUCGGGACAUGCUGGCCUCGGAGUGCUGCGGGAGCCCUGGUGGAGAAGCCGUGCCCCGAGUACUUCAACGGUGUCAAGUACAACACCACUCGAAAUGCCUACCGGGAGUGCUUGGAGAACGGGACCUGGGCCUCACGGAUCGACUACUCACAGUGUGUGCCCAUCUUGGACAACAAGCAGAGGAAGUAUAGCCUGCACUACCACAUCGCUCUCGUGGUCAACUACCUGGGCCACUGUGUUUCUGUGGUAGCCCUUUCGGCGGCUUUCCUGCUUUUCCUGGCCCUGCGGAGCAUUCGCUGUCUUCGGAAUGUGAUCCACUGGAACCUCAUCACCACUUUCAUCCUGAGGAAUGUCACAUGGUUCCUGCUGCAACUCAUCGACCACGAAGUGCAUGAAAGCAAUGAGGUCUGGUGCCGGUGCAUCACCGUUGUCUUCAACUACUUCGUGGUGACAAACUUCUUCUGGAUGUUCGUGGAGGGCUGCUACCUGCACACGGCCAUCGUCAUGGCCUACUCCACUGAGCGCCUGCGGAAGUGGCUCUUCCUCAUCAUCGGAUGGUGCAUCCCCUGCCCCAUCACCAUCGCCUGGGCCCUUGGCAAGCUCUACUAUGAGAAUGAACAGUGCUGGUUUGGGAAGGAGCCCGGUGACCUUGUGGACUACAUCUACCAGGGCCCCAUCAUCCUUGUUCUCCUGAUCAACUUCGUGUUUUUGUUCAACAUAGUCAGGAUCCUAAUGACAAAAUUACGAGCAUCCACCACAUCAGAGGCGAUCCAGUACAGGAAGGCGGUGAAGGCCACCCUGGUCCUCCUGCCCUUGCUGGGCAUCACCUACAUGCUGUUCCUUGUCAACCCCGGGGAGGACGACCUGUCGCAGAUCGUGUUCAUCUAUUUCAACUCCUUUCUGCAGUCCUUCCAGGGCUUCUUUGUGUCUGUUUUCUACUGCUUCUUAAACGGAGAGGUGCGUUCAGCCGUGAGGAAGAGGUGGCACAGGUGGCGGGAUCAUCACUCCCUCCGUGUCCCCGGGACCCGGGCCAUGUCCAUCCCCACCUCACCCACGCGGAUCAGCUUCCACAGCAUCAAGCAGACUGCCACUGUGUGAUCCCCAGUGUCACCACCUCGCCUGCCACUCUGUGGUUGGGACAGCUUCCCCAUCCUCCACCGCCCACUCUGGGCGCUCCUUGCCACGCAGCCCUGGUGUGGACAGAAGGGAGGGGAGAGCCCAGCUCUCCAGCCUGUGUGGCGGUGGCAGCACAGGGGGCUCCCAGGACCAGGGCCAGCGGGGUGGGAGCACAGAGGAAAGGUCACAGGAAGUCCGGAGAAGAUCGGGGCACCGUCUUCAGGCAUCUUCAGGCAUUUGUGCACACCAGCUUCUCAUGCUACACCUUUCAUGGUCGCCCCACUUGCAGAGGAGGAAACUGAGGCCCAGAGCCAGGAAGGGCCUGCCCAAGUCCUGCAUCUUGUUCGUGGUGGACCUGGGCUCUCUGCCCCACUCAUGGUGUGGGCCUUGCUCUCAGCAGCAGGGAUGGCCCUGCUCCCUGCCUGCAGCCUCUGUGCUCAGUGGCGCCUUCUGUAGUCAAGGGGAGACACAGCAGCUGAAGUAAAGGGUCAAUUAGGAGGGUUUCAUCCCAGGGCCUCAUGCCUAAAGAAACCUGUGACCCAGCCAUCCCCUUCCCCCUGGGGCUUCCUGAAGAACAUUGACUUCUCUCUGGGAGAUUUCCUCCCAGCCUAGUUCACAGAUUGGGCUAGGGACAGGGCUUGUGGAGGGCCAGGCGAGGAGGACAGCCAUGCCUAGGCCAAUCAGAUACAGUGGCGAAGCCCAGGGGACAGGCCAGGACAAGGAGUGGGGUGGGAAGAGCAGAAACAGAAUGCAUCUUUAGCGAUCAGAGUUAUUUCCCUAGCCCCCACCUGAGACAGACUUAGCCUCCCCUUCAGAAACAACGUCCCUACUCUAAGAUACAAACCACGCCUCUGGGGAGACAACCUCCCAAAGGGGAGCAGACCAACAUCAAGGCUGGAGGGUUAGGUCCACUCCUGUUUGCAACUCGGGCCCUGGCCUGGGGCCGGUUCCCUCUCUCUGACCUGAGCAUGGGCAGGUGUGGGAGCAACUUUCUCACAAGUCCCCCCGAAUGCCACAGACACGAGUGACAUGACGGUGAUCUGUUUGGGGAGGAGAAGUGGGCUGUGGCCAGUUUCUCAGGGGAGACAAAGGCCAGCAGUGGCCACUUUCUCCAAGGAGAAAAAGGCCCUGAGCCUCCUGCUCUAGGGCUUUUAUUGGGUUUUAAUACACAGGAAUACAGGGCGGCAAGGAUCAAACAGUACAUAUAUUUCAAAGAUAUCUGAUGGCUUACUAUGAGUCAGAGUUGGUCAGAAACAGAGUUUUAGGGUUUCUUGCUCAAACCCUGAACAUAUGAAUGAAAGCACUCUUAGCAGAGCAGAUUUCACAGGUUUAUCAGUAAGUCUUUGUGAUGCCAGAUUUUCCCCCAGGACACGCUCUAGCAGAGCAAGAAGCUGCACCUCUCCCCAACAGGUAUUCAGGCUUAAGGGGAUUAGAGCCAGGAAGCGCUUCUCCCAGAGAACAUGGGGACUCAGGCCAUCUCAAAACCAGGGGGCGAGAGUCUAUUGCUCUCUGUUGCAGUCCCCCCCACCCAGUCCGUCCAUGAAGGCCUCCCAAGUGAUCAAGUCUGGCUUAGGUUGCCCCCCACUGUGAGGGGUCUUACCCAUCAUCAACUUCCAACUAAGCUUUGGGGGCAGGGAGAGGAACUGAGGCAGCGUUUUCUACCAGAGACAAGCUUUGUCUCCUGUGGCUUGCAUUCCAGAGGUUGUCCCUCGCCCUUAGCCACAAGGGGUAGAGAUACAAUUCCUAAAACCAGGCAGAGCGGUCUACAAACAGGCAGGUCUGACCCUUAUCAUUCCCCCAGGACGAUAUCUGCCCCUUCUCCCCAACCAAGGGCAGCGGAAAGCAGUAGAGGCAAGGUGCAGCCCACCCAGCACGUCAAGGCCUGUCCCAGGGGCCCAGGUUCUGGAAUCUGGAGGAACAGGUGGACAAAGCUCCCUGGUCUCCAUGACCAUCCACUACGGGGCCUCCCGGCUCCACACCCACCGCCCUGCAGGGGAGGCCGGGGGCCCCGGGCAGGAGGAGCCCCGGGGCCAGGGUUCAAAAGGGCUUUUGCUCUUGGUAUGCCUCUCCCACCCCCAAUUUUUAAAAUUAGAUAUCUUAUCUUACACAUUUUUAAGUUGACAUUUAAUAUUUUCUUUACCCGGCUUUUAAAUCAUGCAAGAGAUGUGAUUUCAGGCAUUUGGUAAAUAUAAAACAAAACUGCUACAACACUUUAAAAACCUCAUACGGACUCCAAACACAGCAGUGAAUGAACACCUACACUCAUCUAUUUAAAAAAAAAAUAGAACUGGCUCUUCUUUAAUGGUGAAAAAUUCCACAUGGUUUCUUUCUCUUUGAACUUAUAUCUCCAUUCCAUUUCCCCCUAUAGAAUUUUACAUGAAUGCAGUAUUUUUUUUAUCAUAGAAAGUCUUUCAUUGGCCACUUCACCAUAUUCAUCUGCCACAAACUAU